GUGGUCGUGCUGGAAGGUGUACCAAGGAUGUCGGAGAGGUCGCAGUGGGAUCGCUGACAUCAUCCUUCCUGUGAUUACCAAACUUCCCCCAGCUGUGGGCUUCAGGCCCGUGCAGCCAUGAAGGCUCGGACGCUUCCUCGUUUGCUUGGUGAUUUUCUAGAAACCCUGAAAUGUGCCAGCGUUUGCAGAAAACACGGACCAGCUUCCUCUUCGGCUGUGAGUCGGAGCUGCUAGAAAGAUCAGGAAACCAGAGCCGAGUCCUCAGCUGGGAACGUUGGACGCGUCCACCAUGGCUCGGGUCGCCCUCCUGUGUCUGCUCGCGUCCAUCGGGCGCUGCGUGGGUCAGAGGAUCCUGUCAGAAAGCUCCGUGCACGCAGGUGUCGGAAGCAACGUGACGCUGAAAACGCCGAUUCAGGACCUGCAGAGCUCGGCUCUGUUCUGGCACUUCAAUGACGGGAAGGAGAUCAUAACCGUUGCCUCGGUGAGCUCCUCCACGCUCAGACUGAACACGUCCUACGAGGGCAGAGCGUGGAUUAAUGCAGCCAACGGCCACCUGACCCUGGGCGCGCUGACGCCGCAGGACAGCGGGGAAUAUAUCAUCACCAUCGUAUACAAACACGGUCAGAGCGACGCCGCAAAGAUACGCCUCACGGUCUCAGGGAGCCGGCACGGGGGAAAUCCACGCGCUCGCUCUUCACUCGUCACAUGUGGAGGCUCAGUUCUCAGCACGUACGGCCAAACCGUGUCAGGGCCAGGUGUGGCGGUCCCAGCUGCAACAAUGACAUCUCCACCCACCGGCACCACCCCCACGCCAGCUCUCCCUGAGCAGAUCACAGAUUACUUUGUGUCUCUGGUUGUGUGUGUGGUUGUGAUCGUCGUGCUGUCGACUGGCUUCCUGCUGCUCCUCUACAGAUGGAUGGAGAACAGGAAAAACAGGAAAUCAGAUGGAAGACAGGUGGAGUUACCUGCAGCCCAGCAGAAGAGCGGAGCUCCAGGAUCCACAUGUGACUCCACCUAUGAGACCAUGACUCCAGCCCCCACAGACCAGGACCACAUCUACUCCACCCUCACCGACAUGCAGUACAUGUCACAUGUGCGAUUCAGUCAGACGGACACAAUUUCCUGCAAAUCAGUAACAUCCCAGUAAAAUCCUGAAAUGUUUCCAUCACAAACUCAUCCACAGAUACGUCUGU